AUGGAUCUUCUAGGGGUACUGAACCUUAGGGGCAACAAUCUGAGUGGCCAAAUCCCUAAUGCAUUUUCAAGAAAGUGUUCCAUAGAAACAGUAGAUGUCAAUGGCAAUGAGCUCACAGCCGACAGGCGCCCCUGGCCAAAGCUUCAAAUUGUGGACUUGGUCCACAAUAGUUUUAAUGGAAAAUUACCAAACAAAUUCGUAGCAAGAUGGAAGGCAAUGGAGGCUUAUGACGAUGAAGCUCAACUAAAUGUUAAACACCUUCAGUUUGAGGUUCUACGAUUCGCUGGAAUUUAUUAUCCAGACGGUAUUACAGUUACCAACAAAGGUCUACAGAUGGAGCUGGUGAAAAUCCUAACUAUUUUCACCUCCAUUGACCUUUCAUGCAACAAAUUAGAAGGGCCAAUACCAGAUGUGAUUGGAAAAUUCAAAGCACUGCAUGUUCUAAACUUGUCACACAAUGCUCUUAGCGGAAAAAUCCCACUAUCUCUAGGAAAGAUGCAACAGAUGGAAUCCAUGGACCUCUCAAGUAAUAACAUGAGUAGCAGUAUUCCUCAACAGCUUUUAAAGCUAACUUUCCUCGCAGUCCUUAACCUCUCCCACAAUCAACUGGAGGGACCCAUACCAGCUGGAAAGCAAUUUGCAACAUUUACUAAUGAGUCUUAUGAAGGUAACAACGGACUAUGUGGGAAUCCAUUGACGAAACAGUGCAAAGAUGCCACUCCCAACCACGGCCAAGAUUCAAAUCCCAGGACUGGUAACCAUAUCAACUGGAAUUUGAUAAGUGUUGAGAUAGGGUUUGUCUUUGGUCUAGGAGUUGUCAUUUUACCUCUUACGUUCUGGAAGGGAUGGAGGAUAUGGUAUUUCAAGCGCAUUGAUCGUCUUCUUUUCAAGUUUUUCCCUAAGCUGGACCACAGAAACAGAAAUCAUAGAACAAUAGCUCAGUGGAUCCAAGGAAGGAGGCUAUAG